AGCAACACUGCUUUGGAGGUCGCAUCGUGUAACCUGCAACACUACACUGUUCACAAACAAAAUGGCUCUGAUUUUUGCAAACUAAAGAAAUCGCAAUUUUUCCGGCGUCGCAGUGGGCCAAAUUAUUUAUAAUAAAUCACACAAUGUGCCAAGUUCGCCUGUGAGCCAACGGAAAAAAUGCAUCUGGACGCAGCGAUCCCGGUAACCGCAGCAUAGCCCCAUGAAAAGUGAACAGCAGCCAGCCGACUCGGCCAAUUUGUGGCUUUUGUAGGAUACGAAAACUAGUUCUCACAGACGCACACAUCCACAGACACUCGCCGCAGCCUGUCGAAAGUGCCUUCCCCAAAAAUGGAAGGAAUGGAUCUGUGGACCUCGAUGUUCUCCUCUGAUUUCGAUGAGGCGGAGGAUGGAGUGGAGGGAGAUGUUGGUCUGGAGGGGGAGGAUGGCGAGCAGUACGGCAAUGGAAAUGGAAAUUCGGAUCUUUUGGAUGCCGACAUGGGCGAUGACGACAUCCUGGAUGGUGAGGAAGAGGACAGGGAGGAGGAGGAGGACGAGGACGAUGGUGAGGGGGAAAAUAGAGGAAAAGGCUCCGAUCCGGACGAUGAUGCCAUCUUCGACUUUGAACUGCAGCCCAUGAUUAGCUUGUCGGAGCAGCCGGAGCAAUCCUCCUCUUUGGACGACGCUGAGGCCACAAUGCGAGGGCAGUCGGUGCCCGGCUCCCAGGGACGUAACCCGAAUGUAGGCUAUCCCCAACGGCCAACUACCUCGCAGAUCAAUGCCACGGAUGAGCACGGAGUGCCCAUCAACUAUGAGCUGGGCGUUGUCUACAUCUGCCCUGCCUGCGGCGCGGAGUUCCGGCAGCAGGACCACUGGAAGCGACACAUGAACCAGAUGCAUCGGUACAACACCUUGCGCGGCCUCAACUUUUUGCCGGUGGACAAGUUGUAUCAUCGCUGCCAGGAGUGCCACAAGCGGAUUGCGAUGCACAGUCGAGAGAAUCUGCUGAAGCACAAGUUCACCCACUUGCCGUACAGGUGUACCAAGUGUUACAUAUGCAAGCGGGAAUACAAAUACAGGCAAGAUCUUAUGGUGCACUUGAGGUUAGUGCACUGCGAGGAAGUCGUGGCCAUGAUGCGGGGCGGCUACAAUGCAGCUGGCCGAAAGACCCGGGUCCGGGAGUCCCGCACCGAACAAUUGCAGAGGGAGGAGGCCUUGCGCGAGGACGGAGAGUUGGAUCGCAUUGAGGUGCGCAACGAGGUGCUCGAACCGGACGCCGAUGAGUCGAGUGUUUUGGAGCAUUCAAAGCAGUCACUAGUCGCAGAGGAGGUACCUCCUGCCAGCAGGAAGAAGAGACCCGAGGAGGAGGGCGAUGAACUAAUACUCGCUGCAGAGCUGUGCGAGGACUACAUUCAUUUCAUGUGUCCGGAUUGCGGUUACGAGUGCGACAACCUCAGGCAGUGGCGCCAGCACAUCGAGUUUGUUCACGACUUUGUCAGCAGGCGGGGACUUAACUUCCGGAGCAGUGACAUGCAGAUGCAGUGCCUCGAAUGUAAAAAGAUUGUCUCCCCCAACACCAUUAAAGUAUUGCGAGCGCACAAGUUCAGUCAUUUAUCGCAUCCGGAGUGGAUGCACUGCAAGCUCUGCUAUAAGGGCUUCUCGGACCACGACGCGAUGGUGAAACAUCUGCUGAAGGAGCACCACCUGGACACUCUAAUGCCAGAGCGAACCGGCCAAGCAGAGGACGGAGAAUUCGAUGGCGGUGGCAGAAAAGGAGAAGGAAACGGGGAUGCAUUGGACGACGAGUCGCCCUACUUCGCGGAUGCGCCUAGACGCGGUGGACGCAUCAGUAGCGACGACAUGUACGAGCCCUUUAUAGACUAUCUGUGCCCGCAGUGCGGCAAGGAGUUCCGCGAAAAGAAACACUGGCGCACCCAUGUGGUCAUGAUGCACGGAAUGAACGACCUGUCGAAGCUGAACUUCAAUGUGAUAGACGAAAGAAAGCUGAAGUGCCUCGAGUGCGACAAAAUCAUUACCAAUGCCUAUGGCAUCCAGAAUGCGCAGCAGCACAGGAUCACCCACUUGCCGUUCAAGGCCUACGCCAGGUGCACCAAGUGCCACAAGUCAUACACGGACAGAAAAGGUCUGGUCAAGCAUCUGGCCACCUACCAUCGCAUCAACGACAUGCCACGCAGAUCGACAGGCGGUAACUCGCUUCCGAUGCCCCAGGCUCCGAAGCAGCCUCGCAAGCAGAUCGUCACGGUGGCCAAUGAGACUUACGAGAUCAUCUACCUGGACGACCAUGAGCCAGUCAUCGAAGAGGACAACGACUUUGGGGAGCAGAUGCAGGCGGAGGAAGAGGAAUUCCUCCCAGCCACGAUUGCCCCGCCGUCGCCUCCAAUGCUGCAUCCAGCACCCGGACAAAACGAUGGGCAUCGCUACAAGUGCAUCCACUGCGGCGAGGCCUUCGCUUCGCAGGCAGCCGUUAAGCAGCACAGAAUCGAUAAGCAUUUCAAGAUCCGCAAGAGGUUGCGCAGCCACCAGCCCACGCAGAACACGGACACGAUCGCUCCCUUCCCGACGGUGGAGCAGAACUACAUCUUCCUGUGCCCCUCCUGCGGCAUGGAGUACAAGACCCAGUUCGAGUGGCGGCGCCACAUCAACGACGUCCACAACUUCGACAAGCGCGAGUAUCUGAACAUGCAGCAGCUGGACAAGUACCGCUAUCAGUGCACCCAGUGCCGGGACGUCGUGAGCAACUCGAAGCUCAAGGGCCUGCAGGACCACCACUUCCGCCACUUGCCAUACCGCUUGUACUUGAAGUGCCUCAUUUGCGGUACCUGCUACAACCACAAGCCGAACAUAGCGGCGCAUCUGCGAGCGCGUCACAACAUCUUCGAGAGGGGGGCGCCCGUUAUGGUGACCAAACCCAGCAAGCAAAUGAACCGAUAUCGGGAGAUGGACAGAGAGAAGACUUUACCUCCGUCUCCGAUACCGGUUCCCGACUCUCCACCCAGCUGUUCGCCCUCCUUCUCUGGGGCUGCCAUGAGUCGCACACUGAAGCCCCAGCCGGGGGCGUUGCCCGUUCGACCCGCUGGUCUAAACACCCUGGAGGAUAGCAUCUCGUAUCACAAUGCCGUGGACUUGGACUUCAUCACGUACUUCUGCCCGAAGUGCAACCAGAACUUUGACUCGCACGCCUUUUGGCGAAAACACAUCGUGGAGAAGCACAACUUCAACAGUCGCGAGGGCCUGAACUUCCGGCAGCUGGAUAACCACCACUACCUUUGCUUGGAGUGCUACAAACGGGUGACAGUCACCCACACAAAGGGUGCUAUCGGGCAGUUGCAGUCGCACAAGUUCCGCCACCUGCCCCAUCGCUCCUUCAAGUGCUUGACCUGUGGCGGGGAGUUCGUGCGCAAGCAGAUGUUCUUCAAGCAUCUGAACCGGGACACCAAUCGCUGCGACAAUCAUCAGCAGCGGGAGCUGGACGACGACGAGCAGGAACACGACCAGGAGCAGGAAGGAGUGGUCUCUGUCAGGUCCAUGUACCAGCUAGCGUGUCCCCAGUGCGGCGAUGGCUUUACCACGGUGAAGAGAACAGCAUGGAAGGAGCACAUCAAUGUCUACCACAGUCUCACUAAGCUAGACUUGCUGCACAUGAUCAAGGUGGAUGUGGAUCGGUACCGCUGCAACGACUGCAACGAGGAGAUUGGGACAAACCGACUGCGAGAGCUUCAGCACCACCGGUACCAGCAUCUUCCCCACCCUGCCUAUGUGCGCUGCAAGUUGUGCGACAAAAAUGAAGUCGGCUCGGAAUCAGGAGGCGGCAGGCUGCACAGCCUGCAAGACCUAAAACAGCACAUCCUGAACAGCCACCCGGCAGCAAAGGAAAAGGAAUCUAUUCUAGCCAAGAUCCGCGAGCAUAUGCAGCAGGAGGAGCAGGAAGACGUAGUGCCAACUGUAGAGGACGAGGACAACCAGACUGGUCACGAUUCAGGACCAUAUAUGCCAUUGCCUCCGCACCUGCUGGAUGACGGGGAUGAUAUGGACUUUGAGGAUCAGUAUCUGCUGGGAUAGGAUGGGGGAAUCUAUUGGAAUCUUUUAGUGUGUUAGUCCAUUUUGUGUUAAAAAGUAACUGAUUUCUUAUAUAAUUGUAAUAUUACCAUUUUAUUUGGUACAACUGA